AUGACUGCACCCAAAACCACAAAAAAGAGAAUUGAUGGCGGAUUGGAUGUCCAGUUAUUUCAUAGUCGGCUCGAGUUCUUCAUCAAGUCUUGGAUGGGUGCUGGCGGGCCUGGUACGGAAAAAUUACGAUCAUGCGGAGGGAUCCUGUUGGGCGAAUCUUCUCCGCGCGGGGAAAACAACGCACUGCAUGUUUUUCUUUUCGGAGAUUUACUGCUCGAAACGUUGAUGUUUAUCACCCCCACCGCCGUCACGAUGAUUUGUUCACCCAAACAAGCAGGUAUCAUUGCGCCUCUAACCAAGCCUCACCAGGAUCAAUUUGUGUCAAGUGUUGGCUUCAAUGUUGAUGUGAGAAUGAUUGUCAAGAUUGCACGCUCAAACUGGAAGAAAUACCUACUGGCUUCCGUAGAAGGCAAAUGGCGGUCGUUUUUGGAGAGCCAGGGGAAAGAGGAAUUAAUUGAUGAGGCCACUAUCAUUUCAGAUGAGGUCUCCGUGAUCUUAGCAACCAAGCGCACUCAAGAAAUAGCUAUCUCCCUCAACUUGCCAAUGUUACUCCAGAAACGUACGGGAAUUGCUUGUAAAAUCAGUCGGCAACUGAUGUCACUUAUGAUCGAUCAAAUCAUCAGUCUGAUACGUAGCGGCGAAGAAAUAACAAAUCAGGAAGUUGGAAAACUCAUUCAGAACGAGAACCGUGGUGGUAGGAUGAGGAAAGGAUUGAAUUUUGGGCCCGAUUUUGAUUGGAAAGACGUCCGUCUGCGCUGCAUUCCCGUAGUUAGAUCGAAUGGUGCUUAUAAGUUCACUCAGUCAUCCCAGUUGGGUGCCAUGCGACUUGGAAAAACGGGAAUCUUUCUGUGA